AUGACAUUUAUCAAGCCUGAUCCUGAGAUGUUACAAGAAGAACAAGAAGACUUGAUCAUGUCUUACUUGAACGCAGACUAUCUCUCUACAGAUACACCUUUAUCGCCACCAUCAAGCACAUCGUCAUCCUCAGAAACCACCGGUUCACCUGAAAAACACUCGGUGGACGAUUUUAUGCUGGACAUCAACACAGAUUUUCUUGGUGGCGAUCAGCAUGCGUGGACAACAAACAAUACAAGCGACUUAUUUAACCCCUGCUUACCACAACAGCAUCAUCCAUCUGACCUCCUGAAUGCCUUCCCAUUCUUUUUGCCCUCCAUGGAUGUCGCCAAUGCCCAAUUCAUUCAACCAAUGCCUGUCACUGCCGCCUCCGCAAAUGUUGCUGCAAAUGAACAACCCAAGAAAAGAAGAGGCAGAAAGAAGAGAGAUACUACUGCUCCCGCUCCUUGUGUACCACAGCCUUCUUUAUUAGCCCCAAAGCCGCUUGCGCCUCGCCCUGAUGUGCAAAUUAAACAGGAGCCUAUGGCCAUUGAUGUUUCUAGUUCUGGCAGCUCAUCUCCGUUGGCUGGCCCAACAAACAUGAUGAAUGAAACUGUUGCAAUUAGUCAACUUGAACCUCAGCAACAACAACAAAAACAAACCACACCACCACCACCACCACCACCACUGCCAGCAUCACAGCCUACAUCCAUUGAAGCUCAAAAACAAGCUCAAAUCCAAAAACGACAAGAGAGGCUGAUCAAGAAUCGCGCCGCUGCUUUGCUGUCUCGCAAAAGAAAGAGAGAGCAUCUCAGUCUUUUGGAGGAGGAGAAGCAAAAUUUGUUGAUCGAGAAUGAGACAUUAGUGCAUAAAGUGAACACGCUUGAAAGCAGAAUUCAAUCAUUAGAGAAGGAGAAUAUGGAGUUGAAGGAAAAGCUGGAGCAAACACAGUCCGUAAAUAGCAGCAAUACAGUGAUUCAUGUUGGCAACAACAAGAGAAAUCUCAUUCAUAACGGCCAAAAGCCAUCAAAGGCUACUGGCGUAGUGUUUAUGAUUAUUUUAUUCUCUUUUGCAUUAUUUACAUUGCCUUCAAGAACCUCUGAUCGCUUAACUGUGGGCGGCUCCUCGGUCUUGUCCAAGAAGCAAUUCCCCUUGAUCGGCUCUACAUCAUCAGAUGAAAUGGAUUACUCUGUGGAACAAUUCUGCCAACAACAUGCUGAAUAUUGUGAUGAAGCCAUGGAAGCCACGACAUCCACAUCCACAUCCGAUGUAUCCACAAGCGACAUUAAUUCAACUGAUCUUGUUCUUAUUGACUCUGUGCGACCUCGUGAUCUUCAAACGUGGAUCAAUCACAAACUCGAUGUCAGUAGUGAUAGCGUAGAUAAUGAUAAAAAGCUUAUCAGUUGGUUCCCUAAUAACGCAAACGAAAAGUCGUCAGACGCCAAGGACUCGAACGAUGGCCAUGUCUACUUGUACUCCAAAGAGUUUUCCCAGCUGGCUUCCAUGCACUCGACUCAAUCGCAAAGCAAGGACAAAUCGCCCCCUACCAUUUCUUUAGUUUCACCUUACAAUCAAACGGCGACCACACAAGAUUCCUACUUGCAGAUUGACGUUCAGGUUCUACGCUCUCAAGUGAUUAAGGGGCAACUCAUGUCCUUGCAACAGUAUGGUUCUGCUUCUACGGCUCUAUUGGAUGGCAUGAAAAAAGACCUGAUAUCGUCUAAUGUAACACGAUCCAAUAAGAAGGAGGAUUACAUUGUUAAACGUGAAAAGCGCACAAAAAAGAUCUCCAGAGUGAUCAUUUAA